AUGUACUACGUGCACCCAACAGCUGGGGAGAUAUACUAUCUACGUAUGCUCUUGAUGUUUGUUUCCGGUGCAACGAGCUUCGUUGAUGUAAGGACCUUCCAGGAUACUGUGUACGAGACGUUCAGAGAGGCGUGCGAAGCACGUGGUUUGCUCGAAGGCGACAACGAGUGGAGCCUUCUAUUUGAUGAGGCAGUAGUGUCUGCCUCGUCAUUUCAGCUUCGGCAGCUGUUCGUUACCAUUGUCAUUCAUUGUCCUGUUUGCAAUGUUCGUGCUUUGUUUGACAAAUAUUGGAUCUACUUCACCGAUGACAUACACCAUGGACUUAGACAAGCUCUCGGCAACCCGCGCUACACAGCUCCACAUGAACAACUCCUUACGUUGCUUUUGAGGAAACUAGCAGACACGUUUGCUAAUAGUGGUGCCAACAUAGUUGAUUAUGACCUGCCAAUCUUAUCGGCCUGUGGUGACGAAGAGUUUGGCAACCGGCUGAUAAACGACGAACUGAGGUCUGAACCAGUGCUAUUGCGUGCCCAUGCCGCCGUUGCUGUCUCGCAGUUGAAUGCUGACCAACGGUUCAUUUUCGAAAAGCUGACUGAAUCUGCGCUGGCUUGCUCGCCGGGCAUAUUUUUCAUGGGGGACAUACUCAUUCCUAGCCUUAUGGUUGGAGACUGCUCUCACAGCCUCUGUGUGCGUGUCUCUAGGCUUUGGGAAUUCCUUGAUCCUCAGGAUGACAGUAGGCUCCUGCAUACUGAUCUUGUUUUGCUUGAUGAAGAGGGAAACAGCAUACAUGCCCAGGUCUAUCCUCCGUUAUGCCAACAGCUCAGUGCGCUGCUUGAUGAGGGAGGGGUAUACAAUCUGAAGUAUUUCUUAGUCAGGAAAGCUAACAGAUUCUACAAACCGGUUGAAAACUGCAACAUGAUCAGCUUUACAAAGUGGACUACGGUUGAGGUUGUCCUCCAGAUCCCCCCUGCUUUUCCGGUUUGCACAUAUAAUCUCACUCCCAUAGAACAGCUGCAACCGCGCGUGGACUACAAGGAAUAUUUCACGGAUGUGCUCGGUGUUGUCAGUGUGAUCUCCCAUGUUUCAUCGCUGCGCACAAGGGGACGACAGGCUGAGGUUAUGAAGAGAACAGUCACUAUAACCAAUGCAAGGGAUACUGGGCCAACCGUUGAUGUUGUGCUUUGGGGCGAGCGGGCCACAACUUUCCCAGCUGAACAGAUCCACAGGGACAGUGGAUCCUCACCACAAAUCAUAAUAUUUGUUGGCACUCUCGUGAGGAGUUACGCUGAUAAUGUGUCUUUAUCGGGUGGAUCGUCAUGCAAGUGGUACAUAAACGCACCGGUCCCAGAAGUAAACGCUCUCAGAGCUAGUGCUGAAACCAAACACCAACCUGUCAUUUGGGAUCAGGGGAAAGCAGCUGCUGAGGGUGCAGUAAUUGCGGUGCCUGAACAUAGGAAACUCAAGGAUAUUAAGUACCUCCAUCCUUUUGAAAAUAAGAAGAAGGAAUGGCUUGUCAUCGUAAAGAUCCUCAAGAUUGAUAGAUCAUGGUGGUACAACGCAUGCAAAAAAUGCCUUAGGACAACCAAACCACACGGUGACACAUACAAGUGCACCAAUAGUUCUUGUGACAGCAUUGGAUCGCCUACCCCAAGUGCUUUUGGACAUGAGCGCCACCAGCUAUGGAGACCCGCUUUUGGGAAAUGA